AUGACAUCAAGCGCUACAGAACUUAAGGAAUAUAAACUCCAGCUUGAAUCUGUCCAAGCUGCCCUCAAGGCCGAUCCUGACAAUGCGGAACUCUCCGACCUUGUAGGUGAAUUGGAGGGGAUGGUAAAUGCCCUUGCAGAGCAACUCGCCGAAGAACAAGCCCCCGCGCCGUCUGCUUACCCAUCCUCUCCAUACGGUAGUACCAACAAUAGUAGCAGAAAGGACACGCCUGCAACUCCUGUUGAAGGGGGUGCGGGCUCGGGAAGUAGUAUCUAUGCAGUUGGUGAUAACGUUCUGGCGCGAUGGACGAGCGGUGAUAACCAGCUAUAUCCAGCCAGGAUUACGUCCGUGAUGGGAUCUAAACAGAAUCCCGUUUACAUCGUCAAAUUUACGCAGUACAAUGCCACGGAGACGCUUCACCCUCAGCACAUCAAACCGGCCAAUAACGCGAAUAAAAAACGCAAACUCGAGAGCGAACCCGCAAGCAACGCGUCAACAACGCCCAUUUCGACAUCAAACGGCGCUAUCAUCUCGCAACCAGCAACGAUAAAUACAGAGCUUGCGGAGGCUAAUAAGAGAAAGUCGACCGAAACGCUUGAUGGUCCGACUAAGCCAGCAAAGGUCGGAAGGAAAAUUGCACAGAACAAAGUCUUGGAGGAUGGCAAGAAAAAAUGGCAGAAUUUUGCUCAAAAGGGGGUAAAGGGGAAGGUAGGAAAGGCGAAAAAGAUUGGCGAAAGCAGCAUGUUUAGGACCCCUGAUGGAGUACACGGACGAGUUGGUUUUACGGGAUCUGGUCAACCCAUGCGAAAAGAUGCUACAAGAGGCAAACAUAUCUACCAGCAGGGCGAAGAAGAAGAGUAG